GUACCCAAUGCGGUCAGUACGAAGAAUAUCUAUAUAUUGUACGAGUACAAUAUAAUUUAUAUGUUAAGAUUGCAAUUCAAAAUUAAACAGCGGUACCGGAUAAAUGGUACCACAGUGCGCAGUUGCAUAUAAGCUCGAUAAGGGGAAAAUUUGGGUCUUAGUUUGCAACUGCAAUGUACAGUGUUUCUUACAUAAACAUACCGGAAUUUCUGCUCUGAAACAUGAAAACCUGGACAUCUUUAAUACUUUGUAAACUUGGUUUACUAAAGUUGUUGCUGGAAUGUCGGUUGUCCGAGGCGGCCAGCGCUCAGAACUGCGGUAUGCCGGUGAACGUGAAAGGAAUGAUGAUACCAGACGUUGCAAAAAGUCUCGGGCGAUGGUACGAGUACAAGUUCCAUACUCCCGGUACGCCUUCUUUCAACUGCAUUAACGAAUACAUACCAGUGGGACUGGUUCCCGUUUAUGGCUCACAAAAAUGGGGGAUUGCCGUUUCGUGGACGAUCAGCCUGCAGGUUCAGUUAUAUCCGGAUCCGCUUUGCGUUGGAUUAUUUACGCAGUCCACCUAUACCGUUGAUGGACAAAGAAACGGAUCUUCCUGGUUCCCACAGACAACAAGUGGGGUUCCGACAUUAUACACUACACUCUUCACCGACUUUAAAACCGUGGAAAUAUCUUACCGUUGUAAUUCACCACCGGAAAAAAAUAAGAAUGGGAUGUGCAAUGAACCAUACUUUUGGGUGAAUACUCGAACCAAGCCAGCCAACUUAAAGUCAUCUGACAUUAGUUAUAUUGAGAAAAAAGUGGAAGAUGUGCUACGCCCCUUUUGUUUCGGCUUAAAAGACCUCAACCAGACCAUCUGGGAUCCCAGUUUUCCACGAUGUCAGCCGAAACCGCCGCAGAGCUUUAUUGACUCGAUCAGAAGUUUGCGCACAGCGGUUCUUCGAUACCCUACCGAAAUGUCUAACAGCUGACCUUCCUAAUAUAUAGGAGUUUGCUAACUUCUUUACCUAUGUACAGUAUGUACACAAAUACAUACAUUAUUAUAAAACCUAUUAAAAACGCAUUAGUUAAAAUCAGUGGCUAAAUCCGUUAAUUAAAGUGACAUAUGUCAUUCGUGACCUUUACUUUUUAAUAGACGUUUGUACCGUUUCAAGCAAUUGUCAGCAAAAUAACAAAGUUUGAAUAAAAAUUAAUGACUUUUUUUAAAUAAAAAAGCACAACGGUGCGUAAUAGACACAACUAGAAACGCGUACAGAGGUAUGGCGUAAAUGCGUAAUAUUGCAUCUUAGGACAUUAAAACGCAAAUUAGUGCUGCUUACCAAUAUAUACGAGUAUUACCAUGCGCGCCUCCCUAACGAUGCCGCGUCAGUUUCUUUUCAAAUUUUCAGAACUUAAAACAGAUGCCGAUUGCGGAGAGUUUGUUUUUGCCCCGCUACCCAUGCUGAGCCAUUUGAACCGUGGAAAUUUUUUGCUUUAUGGCGGCUCGCGAUUAUUAAUGUGACUGCGGUGUAAUGUCAUAGCUUUGAGUUACCUAAUUAUAUCCUUUGUUCCUGUUGUAAGCAGAGCGCAGGCUACGCUUCGAAGCUUUUACGUAAAAGAUUUUAUUGUAUAAUAAGCAUUACUUAGUCAUAAUUAGCUUUUCAUCACUGCGCCGCUUUUUUAUUGUUGUGGAACAGGAAACUGUAUACGGUAAUAUUUUCCCUACGUUGUGUUUGUAUGUACGCUUCUUAUUG